AUGGCGUCUGUUGUAUUGAAAGUCUUGGGCCUAACACUCGGUCUCUUUUUCAUUUUUAUUGGAACUAUAAAGCUGACGCCGUCUAUUAAUGGCGAAAUUUACAAAGAAAUGAGAAAGACGUAUAUACGUAAUUCUAAAGUCUUCCCUCUGGUGAAGCAAACUGGAUGGAAACCAAACCCGCACACAUAUAGGAAAACUGUUGGCUCUAUGGAAAUCAUCUGUGGUGCUUUCCUAGCAUUUCUUCCAGGCCCACUAAAGGAGGCUGCAAACAUCUGCCUGCUCCUGUUAACGCUAAAUGACAUCUAUGCUCAUUAUGCCCUCGAUGAAGGGCUAGAUAAAAUGAGCCCGGCCAUUGUAUUUGCCCUGUUGCUUACCUGCCGGCUGGUCAUCUUCCUUCAGAGCCUGGCAGCAGAGCCCAAGUCUGUGUUUGAGAACAGUCAGUUGGAUUCACAAGCCGAGCCUGCUGUAGAAGACAGAAAGGAUAAAUAA